UUUUAUGAAGUUUACUGUCUUGGUCAAAAAUGUUUUUUUUUUUUUUUUUUCCCCCCUCACCCAAUAUGAGGAAGCCCAAUUGCAUGUCUAACCCCCCACCUUCCCUUUGCAGGUUAUUCACCAAUGUCCUUCGCUGUUCUACAAACGUGAAUAUUAUUGUGGAAGCCUGAAUCGUUUCACGAAUGCACAUUUUCAGCCCUUUCUGCUCCAAACACAGCCCAAAGUACAUCUUUAUUCGUCCACUUGCGUGCUGCGAGAGGCAACAAGAUCCAUGAGGAGAGUUGUGAAGUCGCUAUUUGGGACAGGAUGCGCCAGCGAAUUAGAGCAGCAUGAAGACGAGAACCGGACAAAAGCAGUCUGCGUGGUUUGGAGGGUGGAAGAGGAGCCCGAUGAAUUGGAAGAGCGUGCGGAGAGCUCACAUGGAGCUGAAUGGGAUGAGAACAAGGAGCGGUUCCACAAACGAAGCAAGCGGCGCACCGAUGAGGAUCAUCCGUCCACGGGCUGCCUGAAAAUGCCCAACAGGAGGGGCCAGAGUAUCGAGUUUUGCGUUGCGCCUCGUGGUCGGGGGGGUUGUCAAUAUCUGAUGGGAACGGUGGCAGUGGCGGGCGGUGCGUUUGGAGCCGGCGGGGGAACCCGUGUCUUUGUGGGCACUCGGGUGCUCUUUGGCAAGGCGUGUUGGAGAUGGUCAGCUAGUUGUUUGGCUUGUCUGGAUCCAGAGCAACUUUGUGGCGUUUGUCAGUUGGGAAGCUGCUUUGUAGGCGACAGUGUAGGCAGGGUUGGAGGAAGGGCUCUCUCACACCAUCAAGGAAAAACAUUUUGUCUGUGUUUCAGGGUCGCGCAGGCACCGGACCGCAUGAGGGGGGUCGCAAGAGGAUCUCGGACCAGGUUGUGCGCGGUGGACAAAGCGUCAAACUGUCAAGUAUGCGAAGCCAACAAACGUAGUUUGCUGAAUUGAGGUUUU